AGAAGUUUUGCCAGAAGUUAAGAAAGAAGGACUACCGGAAUUCAAGAAAGAAUGGAGGAAGAAUCAUCCUGGUCCCGUCAUGAUAGAUGGAGUGCAUUCUAAGAAUGAAGAGCCAAAGAAAAACUGGGUAAAGAACAAAAAUGUUAAAAACCUUUCCUUGGAUUUGAAUUCCCAAGUGCCAGUCAUGCAGACCCCUAUUACAGUAAUCCAUCCCUCGGAGUACCCAAACCCGGAUUUGACAUCAGAACAGCCGUUGAGACAGCUCGCUAAUUUGGUAGAUUCGAUUAAGCCAGAGUAUUUGCAAGAGGGUCCCCAGGUACAGCCACAAGAUCCACCAGUGCAAGUGAAUGUCGUGGAGGAAGGAGAGAUAUCAGAAGCAGAUCGUCAAGAGGGACUAGAAAUAGCUUAUGCCAUGGGUAACGCGACUAAGCUGGAAGAGCAUGCUAAGGAAGACAUCUUUGAAAUAGCACAGUUGAUAGGAUUUUCCAAGUUUAAGAAAGUAUCCAGGAAAUGGUUAGUGCCCAGGACAGAGAUGGAUUUAAAAUUUUAUCUCAAUCCGGUGGUGCUUUACUUUAACGUGGAAGACAAUCCUGGGGCCGAAGAAGUCCGGCAAAAUGCAGACCAUAUCAAACUCACCUUUUAUGUCUGCUUAGUAUCCCUCAAUCCCUCUGUGUACGAUAAUGCCAUGAGCAUCAUCACCAAAUCUCCAGCCAAAUAUCCCAUCAUUCGUACAGAAAUGCGACAGUUUCCCCUCGAUAUUGGGGCUACUUCUAAAGAAAUCAUGAACCGUUUAACGGGAAAAUACCCCAGAGAAUCGUGCUGGGAAUUCUAG